AAAGUGGAAGAACGUUACAUUCCAUUACUGUAUUACAGAUCCUCCGACCCCUUGAAUCAAAUCCUAAAUGGUGGUGAAUCUCUGAAAUCUGAAUCUUACCCAUGACCACCUCGCCUUCCUUCUCCUCUUCCUCAGCUGCUACUUCUGCUUCCUCAACUUCUUGGUUUUCCGGCAUUGUCCGAGGCCGCUCUGACCGCUCCUCCAGUGUCAAGAUGUCGAACAGCUCUGUCUCCGGCAUGGGAGCCGCGGAUUUUGGAGGACCCAUCAAGGGCAAGAACCAGUUCCGUGGGUUGCUGUUCAAAUACGGGUCAAAACCCAUUCAGGUUGUCCUCAAAGCUGCAAAUCUGUGAUUUUGAUUUAUUGUAUCUUUAAAUUUAACUUUCUUUUGUUGCUUAAAAUUGGGUUUGCAAUAGAUGUGUACCUUUCAAUUUUGAGCUAAAUGGUACCAUUUGUUAUGAGAUUCUUCUUAGUUGGCAGACUUCAAUUUAAUUCCUUUGUGGCUGUCAAUGAACCUAAUAGAUUUUGAUUUAAUGU